AUGGGGCUUUUCCCUUCUUCUUUCGGUUAUUUAUACAUUCUUGUGUGUGUGGAUUACUUGUCGAAAUGGGUAGAAGCAUUUCCAACUAGGACCGAUGAUGCUAAAACUGUGGUGAAACUUCGUAAGACCAACAUCUUAAAUAGAUAUGGAGUACCAAGGGCUAUAAUUAGUGACAAGGGAACACAUUUCUGUAAUCAAACCUUGAAAGCCUUAUGUUCACAAUAUGGUGUCACCCAGAAAGUAUCGACAGCUUAUCACUCUCAAACCAAUGGGCAAGCUGAGAGUAGCAACAAGGAAAUUAAGGGAAUUUUAGAGAAGAUUGUUAAACCCAAUAGGAAACGUUGGAGCCAAAGGUUAGAUGAAGCAUUGUGGGCUGUUCGAAUAGCCUACAAAACGCCAAUAGGGAUGUCACCUUAUAGGGUUGUUUUUGGAAAGGCAUGUCAUCUUCCCGUAGAGCUAGAACAUAGGUCAUUUUGUGGUGUUAAGCAAUGCAAUUUGGACUAUAGUUUGGCAGGUGAAGAGCGCAAAUUGAAGUUGCAUGAAUUGGAAGAGUUGAGCUUAGAGGCAUAUGACAAUUCGGUCAUCUACAAAGCAAAUCUGAAGGGGCAGUAUGUUCAAGGGUGUAUUACAAGUCUCGAUCCUGAAAGGUUGGUAGAAAGAGUGCAUGAGUUGAACCAAGGUGAGGAAGAGGAACCAACUGAGCCAGAAACCAAAGAGUCAACAAAUAAAACAAAAACUGAAGUUGAUUCCGUUACAGACACUGAAGAAAAAGAAUCUGAUAAGGAACCAAAUAGUCCUCAACCAGCUGAAGGAGUUGAAAACCCUGAACCUAGGGUUGAGCCAGAAGAAGAACCAGUCAAGCCAUAUGUUGAACCUGAAUAUACAACUCCCAUGCCGACUUCUGCAAUUAAAGGCAUGAAAAAUCUUGGCAUGAAUGUUAAUGUUUUGGAUGGUUGUAUUGUGAUGCCGUUGAGGGCAUAUUGGUAA